GCCUUCCUGCGGAGGAUGGAGGGCUCGGUGCGGUGCCCGGUGUGCCUGCGGGAGCUGCCGCCCGCCCGCAUCAACGCGCACCUGGACCGCUGCCUGCAGGGCGAGCCCGAGCCGGGCGCCUCCCCGCCACCCAAGCGCCCGCGCCUGGGCAUCCGAGCCGAGGGGGAGCCGGAGGGGACCCCCGCAGCUCCCUCCCCCGUGCUUUCCCUCUUCCAGAAGGGCGGCGAGCGGAGCGGGGCGGAGGAUGGGGCUUGGCGGGAGGCGCUGUCGCAGCGGCUGCAGGGGCAGCCCCUGGCGGAGCGGCUGCGCCCGGCCACGCUGCGGGACUUCGUGGGGCAGGAGAGGGUGCUGGGAGCGCACACGCUGCUGCGCUCCCUGCUGGAGGCGCACGAAAUACCCUCCCUCAUCCUGUGGGGGCCGCCGGGGUGCGGGAAGACUACACUGGCACACAUCAUAGCCAACAGCAGCAAAAAGAAUGGCAUGAGGUUUGUGACGCUGUCAGCCACAAGUGCCAAGACAAAUGAUGUUCGAGAUGUCAUCAGCCAAGCCCAGAAUGAAAAAAGACUCUUCAAGAGAAAAACCAUCCUCUUUAUUGACGAGAUCCAUCGUUUCAAUAAAUCUCAGCAGGACACUUUCCUUCCUCACGUUGAGUGUGGGACGGUGACCCUGAUAGGAGCGACCACAGAAAACCCUUCCUUUCAAGUCAACGCUGCUCUUCUGAGCCGAUGCCGAGUGAUCGUCCUGGAGAAGCUCUCCGUUGAAGCGAUGGAGGCAAUUCUGAUGCGGGCUGUCAGGUCCUUAGGAGUCCAGGUUUUGGGCCGGGACGACCAGCACAACAGCUCUGCAACUGGCAGCAGCAGCGAGAGCUCAGAAUUCCCCGUGUACAUAGAGGAGAAAGCUCUGAAUACCCUAGCCUACCUUUGCGAUGGUGAUGCAAGGACUGGACUGAAUGGACUCCAGUUAGCCGUUCAGGCCAGAUUAGCAGCAGCGGGAACCACUCCUUUGAAUAUUUCCAAAGAUGGUUCUGCAGAUGACAUUCUAGUAACAGAAGAGCAUGUAAAGGAAGGACUACAGCGAUCUCAUAUCCUGUAUGACCGAGCAGGAGAAGAACAUUACAAUUGCAUCUCUGCCCUACAUAAGUCUAUGAGAGGCUCAGAUGAAAACGCUUCCCUUUACUGGCUUGGUCGAAUGCUUGAAGGUGGUGAGGAUCCACUCUAUGUGGCAAGGAGGCUGGUGAGGUUUGCAAGUGAAGAUAUAGGGCUGGCAGAUCCUCUGGCUUUAACACAAGCAGUUGCUGCUUAUCAAGGCUGUCACUUUAUUGGAAUGCCAGAAUGCGAGGUCAUUCUAGCACAAUGUGUAGUGUACUUUGCAAGAGCGCCAAAGUCUAUAGAGGUAUACAGGGCAUAUAGCAAUGUCAAAGAAUGUCUGAGAAUGCACACAGGACCUCUGCCGCCUGUACCAUUGCACCUGAGAAAUGCCCCAACAAAGCUCAUGAAGAACUUGGGCUAUGGUAAAGGCUACAAAUAUAACCCCAUGUACAAGGAGCCUGUAGAGCAGGACUAUCUACCAGAAGAGCUGAAAGGAACAGACUUCUUCAAGGAACAAAAAAAAUGACCAGCUUGCUCAGAAUGUGGUUUGGUUUUAUGUCUCAGACACUUGUACUGGGUUGGAAAUUCCCCUUAGCGUUUCAGCCAUCUGUUACUGUGGUUGAAAGUAUUAAGCCACUGAGCCUUUCAGAUACUUCUAUAUCAUUCUGGUUUUACUGCUGUUAUUCUUAUGGUGUUAUGUAAAUUGCUAUGUAAAUUAGGUGGUAUAGAAAUGCAAAAAUAAGCUUUAUCGGUAUAGUUCUGCCACCCUCUGGUUCAAAGGAAGUGGAGAAAAAAUGAGACUAGUUCUUGCUGUGAGACAAAGAAUAUUAUCGUGCUGCUUUUUAAAAUCAGUAUCUAUUUCAGAUAUUGAGAAUGUUUAUUUUCCUGAAAAAUAGUAAAUUUAUAUAAUAUGGUAAACAAUAAUUCUGAUAAAAUAUGGUAAACAAUAUAUAAUUACAGUGUAAUUCUUGCUCUUAUGAUGUUUCAGAGAAAUUUUGUACAUUUA